CUUCCGGUUUGGGCCACGUAUAUUUCUUUACAAAAAGUAGUGUAGGUUUUUGAGGAACAUGAUACGUAAAACUCAGUCAGAGUUUCUCUAUUGAAAGUUGUUUACGAGGACAACGUAAUCAGCACUGGUGAUGAGCAUGGCAAGAAUUUACAUCAACUGGCCCUGUCCGUCAAUGUUUGCUGCCAACCAACAAGGAACAUCCCGGAAAUCCUUCUUGAUCAGCGGUUUCAUCAUCGUCGCUUUCAUCCUUCUCUGUGUUGUCGUGGUUGUGAAAACAAGGUCAGCUGACCGACCUGACAACAAGGGAGAUAAGUCUGAAUUAGACGAUGUCAACAAAUCAGGUUCCAAGUUGCAUUAUGGGAUAGUUAUUGACUGCGGCAGCAGCGGCAGUCGCAUCUACGUCUACUACUGGCCCCCACACUCUGGGAAACCUGGCGAACUGCUCAACAUCCAACAGCUCAGAGAUGGUGAAGGAAACUUGGUCGUGAAAAAAGUCGCACCCGGUCUUUCUGAAUAUGAGGACACGCCACAUGAUGCCAGUGACCACAUCUCCAAGCUUCUUCGGUAUGCGUCCCAGUACAUUCCUAAAGAACACCACAAGGAGACGCCGCUAUACAUUCUGGCAACAGCUGGCAUGCGGAUGAUACCCGAAAAAGCCCAGAAGGCCAUCCUGACAGACUUGCUGACAGACAUCCCCAAGCUGUUCGACUUCCAGGUGGCUGAGAACCACUUUGAGGUGAUCAGUGGCAAGCUGGAGGGAGUGUAUGCUUGGAUCGCCGUCAACUAUGUCCUUGACAAAUUUUCCCAUGGGCCUGAAGACCAUGCCCUAGUCAGUGUGAAGCUCCCUGGUCAAGGCGGGAAAACCCACCUGCGCAGACGGACAGUCGGCAUGAUGGACAUGGGGGGAGGGUCAGUGCAGAUAGCUUUCGAAGUUCUCAACGAGCGGGAAGAGCUGCCCAAGCACCUGGUGGCGGAGGUGAACCUGGGCUGCCAGGACUCGGACACGGAACACACAUACCGCGUGUACGUGACCACCUUCCUGGGCUACGGAGCCAACUCAGCCAGGGAGAGAUACGAGGAGAAGCUGCUGAAACAGGCCGCCAAACAAGGAGACAGUCGACCUGGUCAGAACACGACCUACCCAGUUCUAGAUCCAUGCCUCCCACAGUCGAUGCCGCUGGAGAGUGAGGACGAGAAGAGUGUCAAGCACUACUUCAAGGGCACCGGCAGCUACGACGAGUGUCGAUCAGCCCUCACACCUCUCCUCAACCUCACCGUGCCCUGUCCACAGGAACCCUGCUCCAUGAACGGCGUCAGUCAGCCCUUGAUUGACCACACACGCUCCUCCUUCUACGGCUUCUCGGAGUUCUGGUACACCAUGGAGGAUGUUUAUCACAAAGGCGGAAAUUACAGCAGUGCUAUUUUCAAUAAAUAUUCUUCAGAGUUUUGUGGCUCAAGUUGGUCUCAGUUAUCUAAAUGGUAUGACCAGCAUUUAUACCCGAAAGCUGAUGAAGCUAGAUUCAAAUACCAGUGUUUCAAGGCAGCAUGGCUGUCCACAGUCUUCCACAACGGUUUCAAGUUCCCUGAGGAGUACAAGAAUCUGAAAUCUGCUCAACUCAUCAACAACAAGGAUGUCCAGUGGACAUUAGGAGCUCUCAUCUACAGGACUCGGUACAUCCCACUCAGGGACAUAGAAAAACAUCAAAUGGAGUACCAGUCGACGCACAAGCCGUCCUGGUUCCGCGUGUCGAGACUGUUCUACAACGAGUACCUCAUCCUGGUGUGCUUCUUCAUCGUCCUGGCCUCUAUAGUGCUGUACAUGCAGAGACUGAGGCUGUGCCCCAAGAGGACCAACAUCCGCCGCGUCCCGUCCAUGUCCUACUUCCUCACAGAGGAGGACCAGAUGGAGCAGGGAAAGAAGGGCUUCAUUUACUUGUGAUGUCCUCUCACAGUAGGCAGUCCAGGAGCGUGUACUUCCAUCUGUGGUGAAUGGGAUGUUACGAGUACCCAAUUUGUGAUAAGUACUCGAGGAUGUUUUAUAUAGUACUGUACUUGAUGCAUUUAUUGCCCAGGUUAUGUUAGGAAAUCAAGAUGUUUUACAUGAUUCUGUAUUUAAUGUAUACUACUCAAAAGAAGUUAAGGACCACCCGAUUUUAUUCAUAUUAAUAUCGUUUCUUUGCCAUGAACAGGUUAUGUUAGGAAAUCAAGGAUGUUUUACUUGAUUCUGUAUUCAAUGUAUGCUACUCAAAAAAAGUUAAGGACCACCCGAUUUUUCCAUAGUACCAUAGUUAACCUGCCAUGCAAUAACAUUUUGGUUCAGAGAUUAUGUUAAUAGGUUAAGGAAUCUGUAGCUGGCCACAAAUAAAUAUCAAGUGACUUAUUUUGAGUCACAUCACAGAUAUUAAUAUAAAAUUUAAGAAAUUAGAAUGUUUUUCAAUGGGCUUACAUUGCAUCUUUGCCAUAGUCUUAGAAAUAUUUUUUAUUCAACCCUGAACACCAACACCCACAUUUACUGACUUGGUUCAACAGUUUUGAUGUCACGAGUGCAUAAGCUCCUUUCAGUGAUUUUUUUAUUCCUACUGAGAGCAUAAUGAAUGUGUCAGGUGCUGCUGUGAUUCCCUACUGAUCAGGAUGGCCUCUGGGCAUCACCGAGCAGCAGAAUGUUUGGUGUCCCAGCCGAUAUUGAGAGUUGAAUCCAUUUUGAUGAAUCUGUUUUAACAAUAUGGUGUGCCUCUUUUUAGUUAUCGUAUUUACAGGUAUGACUUGUUCACACCUCUGAAAAUAGAAAACAAGGUGGGAUCUUGAUAA